CUUGGCUCCGCGGUGGGGUCGGUGGGCAGCGGGGCUGUUGGUGAUUGACCAGAUUCUCUCCCUCAUCUGUCAGCCGGUUGGCUUGGCGCCUCCCCUCUCCUCUAUAAAUGUAGGAAAUCUAUUCAUUCCUUUCACACCGAGCCUGCCGAAAGAAGAGGAACUGUGAAGCUUCGCGGGAUGUGUUGACACACUCGAAUUCCGCCUCCUGGUUUAUCUUGUUCUCUCGCUCAUUUGCGGCAGUAUUCGCUUUUGUAGUGUUUACAGUCUCGUCGUAUUAACUUACAUUCCGCUGCUAGUUACGGUAAUUAUUGAUAUUUUCCCGUUGCCUAUCUCGAGCCGUUGGUUAUCUAAGAUGAAGGCUGUUACUCCAGUCCACCCCCAGGACUCCUCCUCCAGCAGCGGUGAGCUCUCCCUGCACUAUCUGUCGAAGCAGAGCGUCAACAUCGCCCGGUGCAGGAUGGAAGAGGAGGACCUGUUCUGCCUGCAGUACGACAUGAACGACUGCUACAGCCGACUGAAGCGCCUGGUGCCCACCAUUCCACAGGAUAAGAAAGUCAGCAAAGUGGAGAUCCUCCAGCAUGUCAUAGACUACAUCCUGGACCUGCAGCUGGCCCUGGAGACGCACCCUUCUCUCCAUAAACAGCAGCCACAGCGGACCGGGACUUGUCCUCCAGCAGCCUCCAACCCAAGCCGGACACCGCUGACGGUGCUUAACGUUGACCACCAUCAGAGAACGUCAAUAGCGAAAAAGCCGGAGGACUCUAUUUUAUGCCGCUGAGAUAAAAAAGCACUGCACGGGUGUGCAGGCAGCACAGAGCCGCUCCAAAGCCAGCAAAGCUUCGCCAGGGACUCACACCCAACUGGAGGCACAAUCACAAGGAGAUUUCAAAACCGCUGGGAGGAAUUCAACCCAAAUCAAAUCACCAUUUACAUCAGCUUUUUUUUUUUUUGUUCAACUGAAGAAGGAAUCCAUAUGUAGACGCAUCUCUCUGUUUUCUCCUUUUAAGUUGCCCUUAUACUUUAACCCUUAUCCCUUACAUUUUGCCUAGAAGAGAGAACAUUUGGAAUCCCUCCAGUGAGGAGUUUUUUUGUCGGGAACCACUCUGUCAACAGCUAUGAAAACUUUUUGUGAAUUGUGCUUAAAGAAUAACUAAAAAAAGACUCCAGUUCAAAGCUUUACUAGACUGAUAAAAAUCGUUGUACAUUUUGAACAUCUAUUGUUUAAAAUAGAUGAUUUGUGUUGAACAGGGAAGUCAUCCCUGGAAUCUUAAAAAUGUUUGAUACUGUAAAAAAGAACAAUUCUGAUUCGAGACGAUUAAGAAUGUACAUAUAGAGACACAAAUGUUCUAUAAAAGUAUGUGAAAGGACGACUUAUACGCGUAAAAUAGACUAUUGUAAUUAUAAGAUAUUUUUAUUAAAACCUGUUUUUGUUGUUAUGUAAAUAUUGUGUUCACUUUUAAGUCUUUAGUGAAUGAACGUGGUUUUUGCUCUGCCAAUAAUGUCCUCACAUGAUCAGUUAACUCUUUGCAGUGUUUUUGAAAUAGUUUCAUAUGUAGCAUGUCAGGCUCAUUGCAGAGGUAUUGAAUGUGCACUGAAGCAGCCCUCCCUGUGUAGAUAAUGUGGUGCAGUUCAACACAAGUUUCUCUGAUUAUUUGCCCUGCUUUGCUUUCUCUUGAAUUGUUUUGUACUCAUUAACUACGGCAACUUUGACCCGGCUGCAGCGAUGGGCCGCGCCGCUGUUUGAUCUUUUAAAAAAAGGCCCGAUUUGAUUCUUUUACAUUGCACUCUUGUUUUAAAAAAAAAAAAUCACUCUGAGAGGUACAGCACUUUUUACAGUGUUUACAAUGUAAAACCUAAAAAAGAAAAAAACAUGUUUAAUGUGUGCAAUGAUGUUCAAUCAGAGCUUUUCCUUGAAGAGUUAAUGAUUGACACCGGGGAUAGAUUAUGGUUUGGUUAUGAACUGAUGAAGUUUGUGAACAUUAACAGACAUCUUUUGAACGAAAACAAAACGUAUUUGGUCAAGGAAUGUCUCCUUAAAUAUUGAACAAUCUCCCCGGUUGAGUCAGAAGCCAUUGUUAAUGUAAAGGAGAAAGAAAGACUUUAUUUUUCACAACAUUGAACACCGACUUUACCUCACCGCCCUCCUGCCAGUGUGAGAGGGCACUUGUACAUUAAUGUCAGCCGCACUGUUGAACUCGACCUUCACUGGCUUGUGAGGAGUUGUCAAAACAAUUAAAGUUUCCAGGAAGAA